GUCGCACGUACGUACCCUUCCACGAACCGCCGAACCAAGCUCUGCAUUGUGCGCGUAUCUUGUCAUCAUCUUAUUGACGGAUGAGCCACAUGCAUUCUCGACGCAGAACACCAUAAUCAGAUAAUGGCGGCCCCUUUGGCUUCUCCGGGGGUGAACGGAAUCGCAUCCCCUACCUCUCCUGCUCCUGCGCCCGCAACGAUAGAUUCCCAAGUCCUCCUCGACCAUCUCAGCAAAGUCCUGCAAAUCACACUCGGCGCCUCCGAUGAAGAGCUCUCGGCCGCUGGGAGUCUGCUGUCGCCGCCUCGCGUGCCCGAGACUCUCCAGCGGUGCACCCGCUUCGCAACGGAAUCAAACAUAUCCCUUUAUGUUCAGAAAGAGCAAGUGAGCUCGAAUGCGAUUCGAGUGAACGGAUCUGAAGAUGGCGCUGAAGCUCCUCUUCAAUUUAAUUAUACCAUAUCCUUCGAACUGUACCCUUCUACAAAAUGUGUAGCAUCAAUAGUCAUUCUGAAAAGACGGCAGCAACCGAUAGACCCAUCUCUACCCUUGAGCUCGCAGAUUGAUAUCAUAAGUCUACCUGGCAUACCGGUAUCUUCAAACAGCUCGUCUUCCCAGUCAUCCAAUAUCUCGCCAUACGAAUAUCUCAACUCGUUACUGAGCUCGGUCGUCUCACCAUUCUUCGAUGCCUCCAGCAAGCCACAAGAAAUACAGCCCGCGGGUUAUGGCAAAGCGCAGGGUGAUCCAAGAACUGGCGUCCCGGGCACGAGGAAGAAGAUUGAAGAGUUGAAGCUCAGUUUCCAGCAUCUCCAGCAGAAUGUCGAAAUCCCGCCGCUACUCCUGAAUCUACAUCCGUACAUCCAGCAAGCUCUCGAAGAUGCUGAGCGGAAGCACGCGAAAGCCUCGGACGCGCAGAUUCCCCCGUCCCUACGCGAAGACUCAACUUUCCUGAACAACCUGCAGAAUAUUGUCAAUGGAUGGAUCAAGUCUAUACAAACCACGACAAAGACAACGAGAGACCCCAGCAGCGGAACUGCGUCUCAAGAGAUCAAGUUCUGGCUGGACAUGGAGGCUCGGUUGGAGGGCAUCGAGGCACAACUGGCUGGAGACGGCGUCAUGUUGACUAUGGCGGUCCUGCGAUCUGCAAAGAGAUUUCAGGCGACCACAAGCUUCACUGCCGAUACAGGGCUGAAAGAGAAGAUUGACGAAGUGCGCAAAUACAACCUGCUGAUGCGCGACUUUCCCCUCGACGAGCUACUUUCCGCAACCUCUUUGUCUAAAGUCCGUGACGCAGUGACGCAGAUCUUUUCGCAUCUAAACAAGAAGCUCCGUAUCUGCCCAUACCCAAUUAGACGCGCAUUGCCACUUGUUGGAGCAAUCUCGGCCGAUCUCGACGCAAGAUUACACGUUUUACUCCAAGGACGGACCUUGAUGCACCUUGAAUUUCCACAAUUCAACGCCAUCCUGAAUGAGACCGAAGAGAUCUGGCGGACUUGGGAUGACUGUGUGAAGGAGUUCACGAAUGUUGCCCGUGAGGUCACAAGACGGCGAAAUGAGAAGUUUAUACCAAUCAAGAUCCAGUCAAAUCACGAAGAGACCCAGAAGCGUCUGCGAUACGUUCACACUUUCCGGAAGAACCACGAGCAGCUGCAACGCACCAUAGUGACUGUCCUUGGCUCAGGCCAGUCCGAGUCUGUGGAUGGGACAGCCCCGAUGGAUGCCGUAGUGGUCGCAGAAAUCGGCGAUGUUGAUGCGGUUGACGAAGUCGCGCAAGCCUACGCUGCACUCAAAGAUGUAGACGUCCUCGAUGUAUCUCCAGAGGGCAACAACAUCUGGAGCAAGGCGGAGGAGACAUACAACGAACGGACGGCCCGUGUCGAGAACUCAAUCAUCGCUCGCCUGCGUGAUCGCCUAGCUAUGGCAAAGACCGCUAACGAGAUGUUCCGCGUCUUCUCCAAGUUCAAUGCCCUAUUUGUACGACCCAAGAUUCGAGGCGCUAUCUCAGAGUACCAAACGCAGCUCAUUCAGAACGUGUACAACGAUAUCGAUGCGCUGCAUGAUCGCUUCAAGCGUCAGUAUGGCCAUUCUCAAGCCAACGCGAUGGCACAAUUGCACGAUAUUCCGCCUGUCUCGGGCGCUAUCAUCUGGGCCAGACAGAUCGAACGUCAGUUGGAUGGCUAUAUGAAGAAGAUAGGUGACAUUCUGGGCUCAGAAUGGCACCUGCACGCCGAAGGGCAGAAGUUCAGCGUGGAGAGCAACAUGUUCCGGAAGAAGCUUGACACCAAACCGAUCUUCGACUCCUGGCUCAACGAAGUCAAUCGAAGAAACCUUUCCAUAUCUGGCAGGCUUUUCACGAUACACCGGAAUCGAGCGGCCGGCAACAUCCUUGAAAUAACCGUCAAUUUCGAUGCUCAGAUCAUUACGUUGUUCAAGGAAGUGCGAAAUCUCCUGUGGCUUAAUUACCAGGUUCCACAUGCCAUUAGCAACAUAUCGAAAGACGCUAAACGCGUUUAUCCCUAUGCUGUGAGCUUGAUGGAAAGUGUACGAACCUAUACACAGACCGCCAAGAUCAUAGAGGAUAUGGGCCCGGUAUCAAUACUUCUUCACCAAUUCCGCAACGAGGCGCAAACGUUCGUCAAAAAGGGAUUGCCACUACAAUGGGAUUCUUUCAUACACGCAUACGACAUUCACAUCAAGACGACGUUUGCCUCUAUCGACCGUGCUGGUGCAGGCCGAGGCGAAAGCAGCUCGCACGUUCGUUUCGUUCGCGAAUUUGCUGCGGCUGUAUCGACUCUCCAAGGCAAGACAUCCACCCUCGCGGCUAUCCAUGCAACAGUGCAAAAAGCCCUGCUCGAGAUUGAGACUUGCCCCUACAAAGCAGAUGCGUUCAAGCAGAAUCUCGAUAUCAUCCAAAAGGCCGUCGACCAGCUGAACUUGGAGAAUUUCGUCAACCUAGACUACUGGGUCAACGAGAUGAACAAGACUAUUGAAUCUACACUGGUUGAUCGUCUGAAGCAGGCAAUCUCACAAUGGCUGACUGCAUUCGAGAAUGCCGAAGACGCACGUCCCAACACGAGCCGCAGCAGUGAUGGCGAAGAUCAAGCCAAAGAACUUCCAAGACUUACAAGUGUCAUUCAUGAGAUUACCUUGCGAAACCAGGUCAUUUAUCUGGACCCGCCACUAGAGUACUCGAGGGCAAGCUGGCUUGAGCAAUUGCAUGAAUGGCUCGGUGUUGUCUGUACUCUUGAAAAAGUGAAGGCAUCGCGAUACGAGAUGCGGCUUGAAGUUGCCCAAGUUGGAGACUCCCCGAAGUUCUCGGAGCUCCCAAGUCUUUGUGCUGAAUACCUGAUGCAAGUGUACAUGGCGAUUGAAGAUAAGAUUCAAGUUAUCCUCGAAUAUAUGGCCAAGUGGUUGCAGUUCCAGUCGCUCUGGGACCUUCAAUCGGAACAAGUUUAUGCUACCCUGGGCGAAGACCUCUCGAACUGGCUUCAAGUCCUUCAGGAGAUUCGCAAAUCCCGCGCCACGUUCGACACGUCGGAAACAAGCAAGACAUUCGGCUAUGUCACCAUCGACUACGAGCAGGUGCAGAACAAAGUCAACCAGAAGUACGACCAAUGGCAACACGAGAUAUUGAACAAGUUUGCUGGUAGACUCCAGAACCGGAUGACUGAGGUUUUUGCGGAAAUAGAAAAGGCCCGCAAGGACCUCGAGGGCCAAUCUCUUGAGACCUCAUCAACAGCGCAAGCUGUUGCCUUCAUCACAAUCGUCCAGCAGUGCAAGCGCAAGGUCAAGUCAUGGGGACCUGAGGUUGAGCUCUUCCAACAAGGCGAAAAGACCCUGAGCCGACAACGAUACCAGCUGCCUGGAGACUGGCUCUAUGUUGAACAGAUCGAUGGCGAGUGGACUGCAUUGAACGAGAUGCUCGAUCGUAAGAGCAAGAUUGUCAAUGACCAGAGCGACGCCCUCCGUGCCAAGAUUGUAGCCGAAGACCAAGUUGUGGGCCGAAAGAUCUCUGAGAUUGUGUCGCAAUGGAAUGAUGAGAAGCCUGUGUCCGGAUCUAUUCCUCCCGAUGAGGCGUCAUUGACUUUGCAAUCCUUCGAUAGUAGACUCAAUGCCCUUCAAGCUGAAGCCCUAUCGGUUUCCAAGGCUAAGGAAGCGCUCGACCUACCAGCAUCAGCCGAUAACCCUCUUUCGACCAUUCUUGAAGAGGUGCAAGACUUUAAGUCUGUAUGGUCAAACUUGUCCACGAUUUGGAACAGCCUGAACGACCUCCGAGAGACGUUGUGGACGAGCAUUCAGCCGCGCAAACUGCGCCAGUCCCUUGACGGGUUGAUCAAGAUGACGAAAGAUAUGCCUAGCCGUAUGCGCCAGUACGCAGCGUUUGAACACGUACAAAACGUUUUGCGUGGUCAUCUCAAGGUCAUUCCAUUGCUUUCUGACCUACGUUCUGAGGCAAUCCGCGAAAGACAUUGGAUCAGGAUAUUCAAGGCCCUGAAACCUUCAAAGCGCUACUCACAGCUGUCUCUUACCCUGGGCGACGUAUGGGAUCUGCAAUUGGUGUCAAGUGAACCUGUAAUUCGCGACGUUAUCGCUCAGGCUCAAGGAGAACUCGCACUUGAAGAGUUCAUCCGUCAAGUUCGUGAGACCUGGCAAGACUACACCCUGGAUCUUGUCAACUAUCAGAACAAGUGCCGACUGAUCAGGGGCUGGGAUGAGCUUUUUGCUAAGUGUAGUGAGAAUCUCAACUCGCUGCAAGCUAUGAGGCAUUCUCCAUACUACAAGGAGUUUGAAGAAGAAGCAUCGUCCUGGGAGGAGAAGCUCAACCGGGUCCACGUCUUGUUUGAUGUCUGGAUCGAUGUUCAGCGCCAGUGGGUCUAUCUUGAAGGAGUUUUCACAGGCAAUGCGGACAUAAAACACCUGCUGCCUAUCGAGAGCAAUAGAUUUGGAAACAUCAACAAUGAGUUCCUUUCUGUGAUGAAGAAGGUCUCCCGUUCGCCUGCCGUGCUCGAUGUGCUAGCGAUCUCUGGGGUUCAGAAGUCACUCGAGCGCCUCGCCGAAUUGCUCAAUAAGAUUCAGAAAGCUCUUGGAGAAUACCUUGAGCGGGAACGCAUGUCUUUUCCACGAUUCUACUUUGUGGGUGACGAGGAUCUUCUUGAAAUUAUUGGCAACAGCAACGAUACCAGCCGCAUUGCUAAGCACUUGAAAAAGAUGUUCGCUGGUAUCAAUGGCCUUAUUACGGAGGACAACACCGUCAUCACUGGCUUCACAUCAAAGGAAGGCGAGGAGGUCUCCAUGAGAAAGGAAGUAUCACUGAUCAAGACACCAAAGGUCAACGAAUGGCUGGCAGCGCUGGAAGGCAGCAUGAAGAAUACGCUUGCUGAACUUCUUCACGAAGCUAUUCAAGAAUUCAACACUUUGCUGGAGAAUGGCCCUCUCGACGCGGAGGCCUUCGACGCAUACGUGACAAAGUACCCAGCUCAAGUCGUUGUCCUGGCCACUCAGGUUUGCUGGACGUCUGCCGUGGAGGCUGCUCUUGUAGGAGGUGGUGGCGCACUCGACGGCCUGUAUGAACAACAGGUGACGAUCUUGAAGCUGCUUGCGGCCACAGUUCUCGGCGAUCUGUCAGCCCUGCAUCGAAAGAAAUGUGAGCACCUCAUCACCGAGUGUGUCCACCAACGAGAUGUCAUUGGCAACCUUCGUAAGGUUGGUGCAACAGCCCCGACUCAUUACCUGUGGCUUGCGCAGAUGCGAUAUGUCUAUCAAGGAGAAGGCGAAUACACCUCACGACUGCGCAUCAAGAUGGCUAAUGCUGAUCUGGCUUAUGGAUACGAAUAUCUAGGAGUUCCAGAACGUCUUGUUCGCACACCUUUGACAGACCGAUGUUUCCUCACACUCACUCAAGCACUCGAGCAACGACUGGGAGGUUCGCCAUAUGGUCCUGCCGGUACCGGUAAGACUGAGUCCGUCAAAGCCCUUGGUCUCCAACUCGGACGCUUCACACUCGUCUUCUGCUGUGAUGACACUUUUGACUUCCAGGCCAUGGGCCGUAUCUUCCUUGGUAUCUGCCAGGUUGGUGCUUGGGGUUGUUUCGACGAGUUCAACAGAUUGGAGGAGCGUAUCCUGUCUGCUGUAUCUCAACAAGUCCAGAACAUCCAACUGGGUUUAAGGAAAGGAGCCAUCGAUCCGAAGUCUGAGAUUGAACUAGUUGGACGAAACGUCAAAGUCAACUCCUCUACCGGUAUAUUCAUCACCAUGAAUCCAGGCUACGCUGGCCGUUCCAAUCUGCCGGACAAUCUCAAGAAGCUAUUCCGCAGCGUUGCGAUGUCGAAGCCCGACAAGGAGCUUAUCGCUGAAGUCAUGUUGUACUCCCAGGGUUUCGCAAAAGCCAAAGAGCUGUCAAGACAAGUUGUUCCCUUCUUCGAUCAGUGCGGGGUCCGUCUCUCUAAGCAAUCGCAUUAUGACUUUGGUCUGCGUGCGUUGAAGAGUGUUCUGGUCAGCUCGGGUGGACUCAAGAGAGCUCGAAUUGCACACGACGAUGAAGCUAGGGCUGCUGAGGAGGUUCUGGAGCCACAGAUCAUCGUGCAGAGUCUCCGUGAGACUAUGGCACCUAAGCUGAUCCAGAGUGAUGUUGAAAUUAUGCAGGAGGUUGAGACUGUAGCCUUUCCUGGUAUCGAGUAUAUUCCAGCUCCAUUGGAAGAACUCCGACAGGCUAUUCGGGAGUCAGCUGCUGAGAACAAGCUUGUCAUCAGCGAUGCUUGGAUGACCAAGAUUCUUCAGCUCUACCAGAUCCAAGGACUUCAUCAUGGUGUCAUGAUGGUUGGAUCAUCUGGUUCUGGUAAAUCAGCUGCAUGGAAGACAUUACUCUCAGCCCUGCAGAAGUACGAGAAAGUAGAAGGUGUGUGUCACGUCAUCGAUCCAAAGGUGAUGUCCAAGGAGAGCCUGUAUGGUAGCCUCGAUAGCACGACCCGCGAAUGGACCGAUGGUCUGUUCACAAGCAUUCUUCGGAAGAUUGUGGACAACCUCCGUGGUGAAGAUACGAAACGCCAUUGGAUUGUCUUUGAUGGAGACGUCGAUCCCGAAUGGGUGGAGAACUUGAACAGUGUGUUGGACGACAACAAGCUUCUCACGCUGCCGAAUGGAGAACGUUUGAAUUUACCAUCUAAUGUACGGGUCAUGUUCGAAGUCGAAACGCUACGCUACGCUACGCUGGCCACCGUCAGUCGUUGUGGUAUGGUCUGGUUCAGCGACGACACUGUCUCAGUCGACAUGAUGGUUUCCAACUACAUCAAGCAUCUCAAAGAAGUGCCAUUCGAAGAUAUUGAAGACGACUCAGUUGCGCCAGGUCUACUCUCACAAAAGAUCUUGACCGUUCAAAAUCAAGUAGCAGACUUCCUCCAAGUAAAGCUGACUCAAGAUGGUCUGAUCGAGAAAGCAUUGACGUAUGCCCGCGACUUCCAGCAUAUCAUGGAGUAUACCGACAUCCGUGUGCUAAAUACACUUUUUUCGCUUCUCAAUAAAGCGUGCAGAACGAUCCUCGAAUACAACGUCCAGCAUCCGGACUUUCCUCUGGAAGACGAGCAAAUAGAGACCUUCCUUUCAAAGAAGCUCAUGCUAGCUUUGGUAUGGUCUUUGACAGGUGACGGGCCGCUUGGUCAGCGUAAACUAUUUGGAGAUCGCAUCUCCGGCCUAACGACCGUGGACCUGCCAUCUAUCACCGAGAGCACUUCUCUCAUUGACUACGACGUUGCUCUUCCUCAAGGAGAAUGGACACCAUGGCAAUCCCAAGUGCCUAAUAUUGAAGUCAAUACCCAUUCAGUCACCCAGACAGAUGUCGUCAUUCCGACACUCGAUACAGUCCGUCACGAAGACGUGCUCUAUUCAUGGUUAGCUGAGCAUAAGCCACUGCUCCUAUGUGGUCCUCCGGGUUCUGGUAAGACCAUGACGCUCUUCAGCGCUCUCCGUAAGCUUCCGAACAUGGAAGUUGUUGGCCUCAAUUUCUCCAGCGCAACCACUCCGGAUCUUCUCAUCAAGACGUUUGAGCAGUACUGCGAGUACAAGAAGACUUUGAAUGGUGUCGUCCUCAGCCCGACUCAGAUAGGCAAAUGGCUCGUAAUCUUCUGCGACGAAAUUAAUUUGCCGGCUCCUGACAAGUAUGGUACGCAGCGCGCGAUUUCAUUCUUGAGACAGCUCGUCGAGCAGAAUGGUUUCUGGCGCACAUCAGACAAGACCUGGGUUACUUUGGAUCGCAUUCAAUUCGUGGGCGCAUGUAAUCCUCCGACUGAUGCUGGACGUACGCCUAUGGGUCUGCGAUUCCUUCGACAUGCGCCGUUGAUCAUGGUCGAUUACCCUGGCGAGGCUUCACUACUGCAAAUCUAUGGCACUUUCAACACCGCAGUCUUGAAAAUCAUUCCGGCCCUCCGUGGGUAUGCUGAACCUCUUACAAAGGCCAUGGUUCAACUCUACGCAGAAUCGCAGAAGAAAUUCACACCAGAUAUACAACCGCACUAUGUCUACUCGCCUCGUGAAUUGACCCGAUGGGUUAGGGGUGUCUACGAAGCCAUCAAACCCCUCGAGACGUUGACUGUCGAGGGUCUUGUCAGAAUAUGGGCUCACGAAGCUCUGCGCUUGUUCCAGGACCGUUUGAUUGCCGAAGAGGAACGCAAGUGGACCGAAGAUAGUGUCCACAGAGUUGCGAUGGAACAUUUCCCUACUAUAGACGAGCCUCAAGCCCUCGGUGGCCCGAUUCUGUUCUCUAAUUGGCUAUCGAAGAAUUACGUGCCAGUCGAGCGUGAAGAGCUGCGCGAAUUCGUCAAAGCAAGGCUGAAGACGUUCUGCGAGGAAGAAGUCGAUGUCCCACUCAUCUUGUUCAACGAUGUUCUCGAACAUGUACUCCGGAUCGACAGAGUCUUCCGACAGCCACAAGGUCAUCUGAUUUUGAUUGGUGUUAGUGGUAGUGGCAAGACAACGCUGAGUAGAUUCGUUGCUUGGAUGAACGGCUUGAAAGUGUAUCAGAUCAAGGUACAUGGCAAAUAUUCUGGUGAAGAUUUCGACGAAGACUUGCGCACUGUUCUGCGCAGGUGUGGCUGCAAAGGAGAGAAGAUUUGCUUCAUCAUGGACGAGUCCAACGUUCUAGACUCUGGCUUCCUCGAGCGCAUGAACACCCUGUUAGCCAAUGCCGAAGUCCCCGGUCUCUUCGAGGGUGACGAAUACCAGACCCUCAUGACAGCCUGUAAAGAAGGCGCUCAGCGGCAAGGACUUUUGCUCGACUCUCAAGAGGAGCUGUACAAGUGGUUUACGCAGCAGAUUGUCAAGAACCUCCAUGUGGUGUUCACCAUGAAUCCUCCAGAGGAAGGCUUAUCAUCAAAAGCCGCGACAAGUCCUGCGUUGUUCAACAGAUGCGUCCUCAACUGGUUUGGUGACUGGUCUGAUCAGGCAUUGUACCAGGUUGGCUCGGAGCUUACGCUGUCGGUUGACCUUGAUCGAGCGAACUUCAACGCACCUGAUAGUAUCCCCGUGGCGUAUCGCGACCUCAAUCUUCCUCCCUCACACCGUGAGGCUGUCGUCAAUGCUAUGGUCUAUGUCCAUCACUCGCUACAUCAUUUCAACGACAGACUCAAGAAACAGCAGAAUAGGUCGACUUUCCUUACGCCGAGGCACUUCUUGGACUUUGUCGCGCAGUACGUUAAAUUGUACAACGAGAAGCGUGAAGACCUGGAAGAACAACAGCGCCAUCUCAACGUCGGUCUGGAGAAGCUCCGGGAGACGUUCGACAAGGUCAGAGACUUGCGACAAAGUCUGUCCAAGAAGCAGACACAGUUGGAGGCCAAGAAUGCAGAGGCAAACGAAAAGCUGCAGCGAAUGGUCAAGGACCAGCAAGAAGCGGAACAGCGCAAGUCGGCAUCGCUUGAUCUGCAAGCGAGUCUCGAGAAACAGGAGAAAGACGUCGCAGCACGUAAGGAAGUCGUCGAAGCUGAUCUGGCAAAAGCAGAACCUGCCGUUAUUGAGGCGCAAAAGAGUGUCAACAACAUCAAGCGUCAGCAUCUUACGGAAGUCAGGUCUAUGCAGAACCCUCCUACUGGCGUGAAACUUGCCUUGGAAUCUGUUUGUACACUUCUCGGGCACAAGGUUUCGACGUGGAAAGAUAUUGUUGCUAUUGUCCGUCGUGAUGAUUUCAUUGCCAGCAUUGUCAAUUAUGACAAUGAACGCCAGAUGACGAAAAACCACAGAAUCAAGAUGCGCAACGAGUUUUUCUCCAAGGAGGAGUUUACGUUUGAGAGGGUCAAUCGCGCCAGUAAGGCAUGUGGUCCUUUGGUGCAGUGGGUGGAAGCGCAGGUUAGCUAUUCAGAGAUUCUGGAUCGAGUAGGACCUCUGAGAGAAGAGGUGGAUACUCUCGAGGAGAAAGCCUUGACUACAAGGGCUACUGCACAAGCUACGCAGAACCAGAUCAAACGUCUAGAGGACAGUAUCGAGAACUUCAAACAGGAGUAUGCUGCGCUCAUUAGCGAGACUGAGUCGCUCAAGGCCGAGAUGACCCGGGUCCAGACCAAAGUUGAUCGUAGUAUGCGUUUGUUGGACAGCCUGGCCUCAGAAAGGGAGAGAUGGGAGGCUGGAAGCAAGUCGUUUGAGACCCAGAUCGAUACAAUUGUUGGUGACGUUCUUGUUGCCGCUGCAUUUAUUGCCUACUCUGGGUACUUUGACCAGCAAUACCGCAAAGCAAUGAUGGAGGACUGGUUCAAUCACCUUGGCCUUUCGGGAAUCAAGUACAAGUCACCCAAUCCAGUCGCAGAGUAUCUUUCCACCGCCGACGAGAGACUUAAAUGGCAAGAGAACUCGUUGCCAGUUGACGACUUGUGCACCGAGAAUGCAAUCAUCCUGAAGAGGUUCAAUCGCUACCCCUUGAUUAUCGAUCCCUCUGGUCGCGUGGCCGAGUUCCUACAGAAUGAGAGCAAAGAUCGUCGCCUUAUCGUGACGAGUUUCUUGGACGAUUCGUUCACGAAGCAGCUUGAGAGCUCCCUUCGAUUUGGUAAUUCCAUCCUCAUCCAGGACGCAGAGCACCUCGACCCCAUUCUUAACCAUGUGCUGAACAAAGAGUACCAAAAGACUGGUGGUCGUGUCUUGAUACAGCUGGGCAAGCAAGAGAUUGACUUUUCCCCGUCAUUCAAGAUCUUCCUUUCGACAAGAGACCCGUCUGCUGCUUUCGCGCCCGACAUCUGUAGUCGUACCACAUUCGUUAAUUUUACGGUCACGCAAAGCAGUCUUCAGACGCAGACGCUUAAUGAGGUUCUUAAAUCGGAGCGUCCUGAUGUUGAUGAGCGACGAUCGAACCUGAUCAAGAUGCAAGGAGAGUUCAGUGUGCAUCUCCGUCGUCUCGAGAAACGACUGCUUCAGGCUUUGAAUGAGUCCCAAGGAAACAUUCUUGACGACGACAAUGUUAUUCAGACCCUAGAAACCCUCAAGAAGGAAGCUGCCGAUAUCACUGCCAAGGUUGCUGAGACUGAGGGCGUCAUGGGCGAAGUCGAGAAAGUUACGCUGCAGUAUAAUGUUAUCGCACGUUCCUGUGCUGCUCUAUUUGCGGUACUGGAGCAGCUGCAUCACCUCAAUCACUUCUAUCAGUUCUCGUUGCAGUACUUUACUGAUAUAUUCGAUGCGGUUUUGUUGCGAGUCAAGCAGUCAGCUGGGAACGCGAACAAUGCUGCACGGAUAGACGAGAUCAUUCGCAACCUUUUUGUCGAUACUUAUAAGCGAACUUCGCUAUCUCUCGUUCAGAAAGAUCGCAUUGCUCUGGCCAUGCUGCUUGUACAAGCUGCACCCUACAAGAUGGACAAGAGCCUCAUCGACCACGUUUUGGACGAGGACCUAGGUGGUAGCGACCUUUCUACGCAAGCCGACAAGCGUCAGGACGUAAUGGAUCGAUUGUCGAAGAUGAAACUGUUCAAGGACGACUGCGAGAAGCCGUCUGCUGGUGAUUGGGAGAGAUUUUACACCGAAGAGCUUGCUGAGAACUGUGUACCUGCUGCCUGGCCGGAUGGGAUUGAACGUUUCGACAAGUCUUUGCGGUCACUUAUUCUGGUCAAACUCUUCCGCAUAGACAGAUUCAUCCCCGCUGUGGAGCGCUUCGUUACGGAUGUCUUUGGUAAGGGUUUGAUGGAUGCGAGUGGCGAUCUUGGCCCAAUAGUCAGAGAAGUCACAUCAACUACACCAAUCGCCCUGAGCUCCAGUCCCGGAUUUGAUGCCAGUUACAAGGUCGACAGCCUGGUAGAGAAGACUCAGGCUACAUGCACGAAUAUCGCCAUGGGUUCGAAUGAAGGCGCUGCCAGCGCAGACAAAGCUAUCUCCAAUGCUGCAGCACAAGGUUCUUGGGUUCUCGUCAAGAACGUACACUUGGCACCAAUGUGGCUGCAGAAUCUCACCAAGCGCAUCGAUUCUCUCAAGCCGCAUGCAGACUUCAGACUAUUCCUGUCCAUGGAAACUAGUCCUAAGAUACCAGUCAACCUUCUCCGAGCGUCUCGCAUUCUCAUGUACGAACAGCCAGCUGGUAUCCGCGCCAACAUGAAGGACUCUUUGUCCUCAUUAUCCACCAGAGCUGUCCAGCAACCAGUCGAACGAGCUAGAGUUUACCUGCUGCUCUCUUUCCUCCACGCCGUUGUCCAAGAGCGCUUGCGAUAUGCGCCUCAGCUCGGAUGGAAGGGCUUCUGGGAGUUUAACGACAGCGAUUACGAGUGUUGUGCUUUCAUCAUUGACACCUGGAUCGACCGUGUCACUCAAGGUCGAACGAAUGUGGCACCAAAGAACAUUCCCUGGGACAUGCUGCGCAUGCUCAUGACUGAGAUGUACGGCGGCAAGAUCGACAACGAGUCUGACUUCAAACAACUCACCUCCAUCGUCGAGAGCGUGAUGACCCCGGCUGCAUUCGAGGACAACUUCAAGCUUGUGAAGCCCACUGAAGGAGACAGCGAGGGCUUGGAAUUGCCUAGUUCAACCGGCUGGAAAGACUUUACGGAGUGGGUCAAUGAGCUGCCAGAGCGCGAACCGCCGACGUAUCUGGGUCUGCCUGCGAAUGCAGAGAAGCUGCUUCUGGUCGGACAGGCAAAGGAGAUGAUUGGAAAUCUGAGGAUGGUGUGUGACCUGCUUGAUGAGGGCGAGCAGGUGAUGGCGGAGGCAGAAGCAGAGGGAUGAUGGUGGUUGAUGAUGAUGAUGAUGGAAAGAAUGGAUGAAGAAAGACUUGGCUGAUAGAUGAUUAUCGGUCCCCCCAAUCCCAACAACGCCUGACCCUUCUUCAAUUUGUACAGCACUUGAGCGAGCAUGAUGGAUAUUUCACACACGUCACGUACGGUCUUUUUCCCAUUGGCGCAGGGCGGGGUCAACGGCAGUCUCGCAUAUCACACUUUCACAUUCACAUUCACAUACACAUACACGUGCAUCCACGUGUGCGAGACUUUUUGCAUUUCCGGGCGUUUCCUGAGCGUUUCAUUGUUCGACGGGGCGAUAUGUCUAUUUAUACCAUCUCUCUCUGUGUGUCUGUGUGUGUGUGUGUGAUCCAGUCAGACAGUCAGACAUCUAAGUCGGUCUUGUGUCCUGAAUGAUGGGUCGUGUUUUUUUUUGUUAAACUCGAUGCUUUGUUGCUAUGAGGGAGAGAGGGAGAGGGAG